AUGCUUUCAUUCGUCUUGGUCCUCUUGGCCUCGGUCGGCUUGAGUAGAGCCGUCCUGUCUGCACCUCGUGAUCGUCUAGAUCAUGAUCACUGUACAGCUACUGCUGUUGAUUGUGCCGCUACCGCUGAUGGUGGGUGCAUCGCUGCCACAAGCGCUGAUGGAAGUCCUCUCGACUUCCGAAUGGUUUAUGUUCCUCCGAAGACUUAUGGACCUGGUGAGAAGAGGGCUGUCUACAAACAGUUUCAAAACUACCCGAGAAUUGUUGAUGCCUCUCGAGCCCCGAGUUAUGCUCCCACCUCUCCCGACCAAAAGCCCAGUGUACCUAUCGGGUACAUUGACAUGCCGGAAGGGACGACUUACGGGUAUUGGGAUGCCGCUUAUGGUGUUAUGAAUGAAGCCGGUUUAUCGAUGGGUGAGAGCAGCUGCAGUGGACGUUUGAGUUCUGUUCCGAAGGGAGACGGCCCGAACGGUAGCGGCGCCUUGUUCUGGGUGGGUGAAUUGUCUGAUAUCGCCCUCGAGGUCUGCUCCACUGCUAGAUGUGCCAUACAGACAAUGGGUAAGCUCGCUGAGGAGCAUGGCUUCUACGGUUCUAUUGGCGUUAAAGAGGCUGGCGAGGCAUUAACAAUCGCCGAUGGUACCGAGGUAUGGGUAUUCCAUAUUCUACCUGAUGAUACCGCUGAAGGUGCAGUGUGGGCUGCUGAAAGAGUCCCCAAAGGCCAUGCUACCAUCGUCCCGAAUGUCUUUGUUAUUCGAGAGAUCGAUCCAAGUGAUGGUGACAACUUUAUGUUCUCUGACAACAUCUUCGAUAUCGCUUUGAAACUUGGUUGGUGGAAUGGUGAGGGUCUUCUGGACUUUACUGCCACGUAUAGUGUCAGCGAGUACAACAAUCCUUAUUACUCCGGUCGUCGUGUGUGGAGAGGUCUUUCCCUUUUCGCCCCUUCGCUCAAUCUCGAUCCAACUCUUGGUGUCGAAUGGGAUCAUCCAACCUAUCCCUUCUCAGUGGAGCCAGAUGUACCCGUUACCAUUGACUUUAUGAGGCGCUUCUACAGAGAUCACAUGGAGGGAACUGCGUAUGACCUCACUGAUCAUGUCGUUGCUGGUGGUCCCUUCAAGACUCCCAAUAGAUAUGCCGGUGGGCGUGCUGAAGCUACUUUCCAGCACGGUGCUUGGGAAAGGGCAAUCUCUCUUUAUCGUACUAUGUAUUCUUACAUUGCUGUUACGUAUAAGGACUAUAAUGUUAUUUACUUCGCCCCAAUGACCCCACAUGCCAGUGUUUACAUUCCCAUCAUUGUCAAGCACGAUCAGACUGUUAAGUCUAUUCCUGCCCUUGAGUACUCUUGGCAGGGAGAGUUCAGCGAUAAGUCCCUUUGGUGGGCAUCUGAAACUGUUUGUAACGUCAUGGAUCUCAAGUACAUGUAUAUGAUCAAUGACGUUAGGAAGGCUCAGUACGAGAUCGAGCACGAAGUUGAUGUUAUGAUGGCCACUGAAAGCCCCGACCAAGUAGAGACCGAGAUGGAUGGCUUUGGUGACUAUGUUACUGAGAAGUGGCUCAAUUUGCAUUAUACUCUCCUCGGCAAAUAUCAGAAUGGUUAUUCUGAUUGGGGUUAUACUCAAGUUGGCUAUGGCCCAUCUACUGAGUGGCUCGAUGCUGCUGGCUUCCAGGACUUCCAAGCCACUCCGGAGCAGUUUACUGAACUGAGACGUCGUUACAAGAAGACUCAGAAGGAGGCCGAUGAAAUCCGUGACUCGGCAUUGAAUGCAUGA